AUGGCCGCGCACGGCUCGUCGGGGACGUCGCUGUCGCGCUCCGAGACGCUCAGCCUGCUCACCGUCGCCGGGGCCUCGCUCGCCGUGCUGGCCAACACGUUCCGCGGCGACGGCGAGCCGUUGAUCGCGUCGCUCGCGCUCUCGUGCGCCGCCUUCGCCCUCUGCUACGCCAUGAUCCGCUGGCUCGGGCCGACCUUUGUGCGCGCCGGCUUCCGCGGCCGCGACCUGUCCAAGCCCAGCCGGCCGGAGCUGCCCGAGUGCAUGGGCGCCGUCUGCGCCGCCGUCUACCUGCUCACCGUCAUCGUCUUCAUCCCGUUCCCCUUCUACAAGGACAUCGUCGCCGCCACCAGCGGCGGCGGAAACCGCGACGUCGUCCUCAAGGUCGAGCACGUCAACGAGGGGCGCUUCCUCCAUCGCUUCCCGCAUAGCAAGCUCGCGUCGUAUCUCGGCGCCAUCAUCUCCCUGCAGACUAUCGCCCUGCUCGGCAUCGGCGACGACCUCUUCGACAUUCGCUGGCGGCACAAGUGGUGGAUCCCUGGCCUCGCCUCUAUCCCCAUCCUCGUCGUCUACUUUGUCGACUUUGACGUCACCAGCAUCGUCAUCCCCAUCCCGCUGCAGCCCUACCUCGGCGAGCUCUUCGACCUCGGGCCCCUGUACUACGCCUACAUGGCCUGCAUCGCCAUGUUCUGCCCGCAGAGCAUCAACAUGCUCGCCGGCAUCAACGGCAUCGAGGUCGCCCAGUGCCUCGUCGUCGCGCUCCUCCUCGCCCUCAACGACGCGCUCUACCUCGCCACCCCCUACCCGCACCCGGCCACCGACUCCCACCUCUUCUCCCUCUACCUGCUCCUCCCCUGGAUCGGCGUCUCGGCCGCCCUCCUCCGCCACAACUGGUACCCCGCCCGCGUCUUCGUCGGCGACACCUACUGCUACUUCUCCGGCAUGGUCUUCGCCGUCGUCGGCAUCCUCGGCCACUUCUCCAAGACCCUCGGCCUCCUCCUCGUGCCCCAGUUCGUCAACUUUGCCUACUCGGUGCCGCAAAUCUUCGGCCUCGUCCCCUGCCCGAGACACCGCAUGCCCCGCUUCAACGCCCGCUCCGGCUUCCUGGAGCCCUCCGUCACGCCGUGGGCCGUCGACCGCCAGCCGCACCCGCUCGUCGCCCUCGGGCUCCGCCUGCUCGGCCGCUUUCGCCUCCUCCGGGUCGUCACCGACGACGAGGGCCGCUUCGUCGAGACCAGCAACUUCACCCUGCUGAAUCUGUGGCUCGUCUGGCGCGGCCCGCUGCGCGAGGAUCGCCUUGCGACCGAGAUUACGCUUCUGCAGCUCGGUCUCGGCCUAUUUGGCCUCUUUGCCCGACACAGACUCGCACUGCUCGUCUUUAAGGAAGAUAACUGGAGUACGGUACAGCACUAG